AUGCCCUCCCUGUUUGAGCGAGAGGCCAAGAAGGUGGUCAAAGAGCUAGGUAAAAAGGACUUGAAACCUGUCACCAGCUGCCACAACUCUACCCAAUUCCGCCCUUUCUGUCUGUUGAGGAAGAAGACGAGGAAUAUCCUUAGCUGUUUUUGGGAAAAGCCUCCAAUUCCCACUGAUUUCUCACUCCUGGAUAUUCUGGAUCCAAGUUCCACAGACCCAGAACUGACCCAUAAAGGACCCUUUUGCUUCUCUGACAAAGUGGAUGGGCAGCUGAAGGCUGGUGUGGAUGUGGAUACAGGACUAAAUGUAGAGGUGUCUGGUGGGGCCAUGUUGUCCCAUGGCUCCUCCCUGAAGAUGCAGACUCUUACUGUCCCCCAUGCCACAUGGACAACUCUGCAGAAGAAUAGGAAACUGUUGAAUCCAGAGCAUUCUUUCCUUUGGGAGUGUUGGAGCCGAGGGGAAGAUCUGUAUGUGGUGACAGAGGCUGUGGAAGUCCUGAACGAUACCAUUAUCAACAGCAUCAGCAAUAUGGAGAGUGAUGGGAAAAUUUCCUUCCUUGGAACGUCAAAUGUCAAGAGCCAAGGCCAAGGCCACAUAAGCACCAAGAAGUCAUUAUCUAUCCCUCCAGGCAGCAUCCUGGCUUAUAGGACAGUGAAGCUUCUUAUCAAGGAGAAGGAAUGGGCUCUGAAUGACACACAACAUAAUCUACUUGCCCAGUCCUUGGAGAAGAAGAUCGUACCUCAGCAGCUGGAACUGGUGAAAAGCAUCCUGGAGGCAAACUUCAAUCAGUUCCACAAAUGUUUCUUCCUCCUCCAACCGGAAUUCCUCUCCCUCCUCCAUGGAGAAGACCUGGACAUUACCCUAGGACUGGUAGAGGAAUGUGGUCUCAAGCUACAAAGGGCUGGUCAACUGCUCAUCUGGGAUCCAGAUGAAAAAAAUCUACUGUGUGCACUAUAUGGGGCUCUUUCAUGCUUGUUGUCACUAGCUGAGGACUAA